CCGGGUGUAGUAAUCACACAGUGUGAUUUUGAUACUGAUCAACAACAGCAAGUACGUCCAGCCUGGUCAUUCAAUCAAAUGGCAUAUCAAAUGGGCCUUUCUGUCUGUGUGUAUAGACUGACAUUGGCAAGAUGAUCUUCCCAUAUAUACUCCUGUUACUCAUCAUUCCUGUAUAUACAGAUGGAACGCCACAUCAGCCAGAUACCAGACUAAGAGCUAAGACUGGAGAGAAUGUGACUCUCAGUUGUGAAAUAGAUUUAACAUCUGCAGACAUUCAGUCUAUUUUCUGGAUUAGGAUGAAGCAACCAAAAGAGCUCCAAUACAUCCUGGGAACCUUUCCCACCUCAGAAGCUUUCACACAACAUGAUGGUUUAAGUGAACAUCGAUACAAAGCGAUCAAAAUAAAUGGAACAUAUAAUUUGCACAUUUUGAAUGUACAAGAUUCAGAUUCAGGCAUUUAUUAUUGUAGCUAUCAUUUAAAACUUGUUAUGAAGUUUGGCAGCGGGACAUCUUUCAAUUAUGAAGAAAGUGAAUCAAGGCUUCAAGACAGCAUAGACAACACCACAGCUUGUGAUAUAUCCUCUGAAAAAGAGACCCUGCAGGGUUAUGUGGCUGGUUUGGGAGUGGCAUUAAGUAUGUGUGUUGCUGUGAUGAUAUUCCUUAUUACUUCCCUAUUGAGAAGACCUGCUUACUGCGCAGAGGGAACUCAAAAUCAAACUCUGCCCUGUAACAACUCUGUGCUGGAGGAAACUCAGGAGAGUAAUGCUGAGAGAAUAAAUUAUGCUGCUUUGGAUUUUUCAAAACACAAGGGAAAAAAGAACAAGGAGUUGAACAAAUCAGUUGUUUACUCUGAUGUCCGGACCCUGUUCAAUGAAUUCAAUAAUGAGCGUUUCAACUUAAGAAAAGUUCCUGGGUCAUCUUACCUGUCUAUAGCAAAUAUUCUGUCAUCUGAUGAAGGUUCAUAUUUCUGUGCUAUACUAAAGCUGUAUGGACAAGCACAGUUUGGAAAAGCAACAUAUUUGAUUGUAGAAGACAAAGAUCAUUUGAAGUCCUCCAUUACAGAUGUGAUCCAGGCCGCAUUACCAGGCCCUGUUCACCCAGGACAUUCAGAGACACUGGAGUGUGUGGUGCUGUCUGAGAGCAGAACUGAAGAUCUCAGAGUGUUCUGGUUCAGACCCACUUCAGGAGGUUCCCAUCCAGGGGUCAUUUACACCAACAAGAGCUGGACUGGGCCGUGUGAGGGUCGCUGUGUCUACAGUCUCCCAAAGAAGGACGUCAACAUCUCUGAUGCUGGAACCUACUACUGCGGCAUAGCCACAAGUGGACAAAUACUGUUUGGUAGUGGAACACCGCUUGUUGUGGCUCAACAAGUUGAUUUGGUGCUGGUUGGUUUGGCUGUAGCUUUGAGUUGCUGUGUAGCUGCUCAGACGUCUUGUCUAGUCUGGCUGAUCUGUAAGAUGAGGGGAAAAAAGCUUAUUAGAGAUAAGUCCAACACUGGAACAAGUGACCAAGCUGGUGCUGCUGAGGGCCUGAACUAUGCAGCGUUGAGCUUCUCAAAGAAGGAUCCCAGGGGCAGGAGAGCCAAGAGAGAGCUGCCACCAGACCCUGUUUAUUCUGCUGUUAACCUCUGA